CCAGAGGUGUGAGACGGCAAAGAGAAGACUUCCACUGCAGAGCAAAUAGAAAGCAAAUGGCUGCCAUUGCAUUUACACCCCAGGUUCAAAGACCUCCCCUAUCCUUAUUUUCCACACCCAAAACCCCAAAACCUAAAACCAGAGUUUCUCUCCAACCUUCUUCUUCUUCUUCUUCAACUUCACAGCUGUCCUACGACCCCUUCGUUCACCAACUCGCCGAGUCUCUCGACGACUCACUCCCCUCCUCCUCCUCUUCUUCUUCCUCAUCUCUCCAAAGCCUCAGAGACUCUUCCGUUCAAACCGUCCUCUCAACCCCAUGGCCUACGCGCAAAGACGAGCCCUUUCGAUUCACCGACACCUCCUUCAUCAAGAACUCUCAAAUCACGCCAAUCUCUCGCCCACCAAGCUUUCCAACCACGCCGGACGAUACCCAGUUCCCAAGUUUGGAUAUUGUCGAUGGUUUCCUUGUGAAUUUGUCAAAUUUGGGUGAAUUGCCCAAUGGGGUUUUUGUGGGUAGCUUGCUGGAGCUUUCAGACGAGACAAUCCUGAAAAGGGUGUCUGAGUUUUUGUCCACUAGUUCUCAGGGAGACUUGUUUUGGUCCAUUAAUGGAAUUGGGGCGCCGGAUUUGACUGUGGUUUAUGUUCCGGCAGGGUGCCGGGUAGAGAGUCCUAUUUACUUGCGCUACUUUGCCAAUGAAGGAGGUGACAUUGGGUCACCUAAGCUGCCUUUAUCGAAUCCGAGGGUGCUUGUGUUGGUGGAGAAGGGAGGGGAGAUUGGUGUGAUUGAGGAGUUUUUGGGUGGGGAUGGGGAUAAGGCUUAUUGGGUUAACUCUGUUUUGGAGGUUGUGGUUGGAGAAGGAGGGAAAGUUAGGCAUUCUUAUGUUCAGAACCAGUCUGUAAAUGCUGCCCACAUCAAGUGGACUUCGGUUCGCCAGGAAUCAGCCAGUACAUAUGAGCUUGUCGAGAUUAGCACUGGUGGAAGGUUGAGCAGGCACAAUCUCCAUGUUCAGCAACUGGGACCUGACACAAUCACCGAGUUAUCAACCCUGCACUUGUCUGCCGGGGAUCAAACACAAGAUCUACAUAGUAGCAUAGUCCUUGACCAUCCACGAGGUUAUUCCAGACAACUUCAUAAGUGCAUUGUGUCUCAUUCUGAAGGAAAAGCCGUUUUUGAUGGGAACGUAAAGGUCAACAGAUAUGCACAACAGACAGAUGGUGGGCAACUAACAAGAAGUCUUCUUCUUGCACCCCGUGCCACCGUAAAUGUUAAACCAAAUCUUCAGAUCAUUGCUGAUGAUGUCAAGUGUUCCCAUGGAGCUGCAAUUAGUGACCUAGAAGAAACCCAGCUCUUUUAUUUCCUGGCACGCGGGAUCAGUUUAGAGGCAGCAAGAAGGGCUCUUGUCUAUUCCUUUGGCGCUGAGGUGAUUGAAGGAUUACCUUAUCCUUGGAUAAAGACGAAGGUAGAGAGUCAAAUUAAAGAAUUGUUGGAAGGAUCCUCAUAAUUGGGAUAUAAUAGGUCAUUGGUUACAUAAAAUGUAAUUGUCACUCAAACUCAAACAAAUUUUGGUGUGGUAUGAAAUUGUGGAAAGCUUGAUACUCCAAUUGUUUACCAAGCAAAGUUAAAAUUCUUAUGGGGACGUGCAACUUUUUA